AUGGUCAUGCUUAUCUUCUUGGAUGUAGUGAGAGAGAUAAUGAGUGGGUUUGACUCUUCUGUCAUAGUUCCAAUUCUGAGCCUGCUUCUUAUUUUUCUUUUAAAUAUUAAAAUCUUCAUGACUAAAGCUUCCAAGCAACAUUUUCCUCCAGGAUCCAGACCUUUGCCAAUUAUUGGAAAUCUGCAUAUUCUCAAUCUGAAGAGGCCAUAUCAAACUAUGCUGGAGCUCUCCCAGAAAUAUGGCUCCAUUUACAGCAUCCAAAUGGGUCCAAAGAAGGUGGUGGUACUCUCUGGAUAUGAGACAGUGAAAGCUGCCCUGGUCAAUUAUGGUGAUCAAUUUGGGGAACGGUCUCAAGUGCCUAUAUUUGAAAGACUUUUUGAAGGAAAAGGAAUCGUCUUCUCUCAUGGUGAAACUUCGAAAACUAUGAGAAGGUUCAGCUUGACCACCUUGAGGAACUAUGGAAUGGGCAAGUGGCUCAUAGAAGACAGGAUCAUAGAGGAAUGCCAGCAUCUCGUAGGGAGUUUUGAGUCUCACAGAGGAAAGCCUUUUGAAGUCAAAACAGUAAUGAAUGCUUCUGUUGCUAAUGUCAUUGUGUCAGCGUUGCUUGGAAAACGGUUUGAUGACCAAGACACCCAAUUCCUGAGACUCUUAACUUUGAUUGGUGAAAAUGUGAAGCUCGUUGGAGGUCCUAGGAUUGCACUUUUCAAUAUGUUUCCAGUUUGGGGGUUCCUCCUAAAAAGUCAUAAGACAGUACUCAGGAAUAGAGAUGAAUUAUUUGCUUUUAUAAGGAUGACUUUCCUAGAUCAUCAGCAUAAAUUUGACAAAAAUGAUCCAAGAAGCUUCAUUGAUGCUUUUUUGGUCAGACAGCAGGAGGAGAAAGAUACAUCUACUGCCUAUUUCAGUGAUGAAAAUUUGGUGGCACUGGUUAGUUACCUUUUGCGGUUUGUGGCUGGUACAGAAACCGUGGCCUCCACACUGUGCUGGGCACUUCUGCUCAUGAUGUGAUAUCCUGAGGUCCAGAAAAAGGUCUGUGAUGAGAUCACCAAAGUUGUGGGGUCAGCCCAGCCUCGAAUUGCACAUCGAACUCAAAUGCCAUACACAGAUGCUGUCAUUCACGAAGUACAGAGAUUUGCUGAUAUCCUGCCCACAAGCUUACCUCAUGCAACAACCACAGACGUGAUAUUUAAAAAUUACUAUAUUCCCAAGGGCACCGAGGUCACCACUUUGCUGACCUCUGUACUUCGGGACCAAGCACAGUGGGAAAAGUCAGACACAUUUAAUCCUGAGCAUUUCCUGAGUUCUACUGGAAAGUUUAUCAAGAAAGAAGCUUUCAUGCCCUUUUCAGUGGGCCGCCGGAUGUGUGCUGGUGAGUCACUGGCCAAGAUCGAGCUUUUCCUGUUCUUCAUCAGCCUCAUGCAGAAGUUUACCUUCCAGCCACCCCCCAGGGUCUCCCAUCGGGACCUGGACCUAACCCCAGACAUUGGCUUCAACACUCGACCAAUGCCUCACAAGCUAUGUGCCCUGCUCCGGGCCUAG